AUGGAUAUGGCACAAGAUGGUAUGUCCAAGAAGGUCUCAUCACUGCUUGAGAAGAAAGAUGCUGCCAAUGAAGACCUAACAGCCAUAAGGAAAGAAGCAGAGGAAACCAACACUACGAUGGACAGGAGGGAAACAUUGGUUUCUGGAGAACGGAGGGAGUAUAUGUCAAAAAAUAGGACCACACUGACCAGCAAGGUGAAAGCAACACUUGAGAAGGUCGGAAAGAUUCUGCGGAAAGCUAAGCCCAGGAAGAAGAGAACUACAAUGUAUCCGAUCGUAGGCUUUACACUCAAAUUUCAUAAAGAUGAUGACGUGGAUCCUGCAGAUGCUGCAUCUGCAUACUGGAGAUGA